UUUUCUAUUCCUAUCAUAUAAAUAGAUUUUACUAACAUAAACAACGAUUUUUUACAUUUUUCUUUAAGCAUUUUUUUUUAGUUUAUUGAAAUAUGUAUUGCAUUAAUAGGUUGUUUGGGGGCUACUAUAAGAUUACUUUUCAACCAUGCUCUAUAAAAAUUUAAAUCAUGGUUUGUCUUCUCAUUUAAUCAACAUUUAAUUUAAUGAAAUAAUAAAUCCAAGGAACACAUUAUUGUUCCUACCCAUCUUUAAUUAUAAACACCAUUCUGAAAAACAGAGAGGAAGGUAUUGGAUAUGACAAAACUAUUGCUGAGAGAAUUGACAUUGUCACAGUUGGAUUUAGUUUGAAUUACCUCACUUUCAGUUCAUUGCUUUUAUACACUCAGUAUAUUGAGAACUAGAGGGAAUUAGAGAGAUUGUCAUUUUAUAGAAAUAGAAACAGAUGAAUAAAGAGAUGUCAUGUUUUGUCCAGUGUCACGUAGAUAAUUAUUGAGCUCCAGUUCCAUUUGUUAUCUACUGUUUAUAUCUCCUCAACCAAUAGAACAGUAUUUUAAAGUGGAAUUCCGCUAAAUUUCUGUUAGGUUUCAGGUUGGUGCUCUUAGACCCUAGGUUUCUAGACAUUAAUCCAUUGCAUAAUCAUUUCUGAAAUUUUUUUCUGAAGAAAUUUUAAGUUUUUUUCUAUAUCAUUUUUUGUUGUUGAUUCUUUAGAAUAUUGAUUAAGAACAGUGUGGUAUAAUAGAUGGAGACCUGGCUUCAGAACCAGGUAGACCAGAGUUCAAGACUUAUUUGCCUCUGAAACAUAAUUGCGUAUAUGUCAUUUUGUAAAUUUUGAAGGGUUUGGGCAACUCAAAGAUUAUUAACUAUAUAGAAAGUGAUCCUCAUUAGUCAAGGAAUAUUCUCAUCUGAGUAGCUCCCCAUACUAGUGAAAUCAAAGCUCCGAUUCCUCUCCCUUUAGAGAAUUAAUUAUUUUAAAAUAUUAAAUAUUUGGAAAUAGUAAUAAUUAUUUUAAAUCUAGGCAAGAUUAAUAUUCUCAGGUUACAAAUUGUCUUUCAAUUUAAUUUUUAAAAUAUUUCUUAAUAGUAUUUUUAAUAGCCAAGUGGACUAGAUUUAACCUUUUAAAACAAAACAAAUAUUUGAGAAUAGGAAAUUUUAUUUAACAAGCCUUAUGAAUUAACAUUUAUCAAAAUGACUUCUCUUUUUCUUUUCUUACUUUGUCAUAAAUUCACUUAGAAUUAAAAGUAUUUACACUUGAUAUUAGUGCAUGAAUAAUCAAGUAGAUAUGAAAUCUAAGCAUGUGCUUAUUACUAAAUCACAUUUUUCUUAUCUUUUACCUUUUUUUCAUAAAAAUACUGGUUCCAUUACUGUAUAGUCCAUUCUUUUUUUUUAUUUUAUAGAUCAGCCAAAAUGGGAAGUACUGGAUUCUGCUCUCCUCCAAGAAGAGUCAGUGGGACUGGUUAAGAUCAGUAUCUGAGGAUUUUACCAGCUAUCAUCAGUCCCCUUUUGCUUUCUUUUACGACCACAUGAAACUUGAGAAGCCAUCUAAAGCUAAAUCAUUUAGUGGAGUUGGGCAGUUCCCAAGUGUCCAACAAGAAGGCCUGGUUUAGGCUGCGAUGGCCACUGUCAUUCCUGGUGAUUUGUCAGAAGUAAGAGAUACCCAGAAAGUCCCUUCAGGGAAACGUAAGCGUGGUGAAACCAAACCAAGAAAAAACUUUCCUUGCCAACUGUGUGACAAGGCCUUUAACAGUGUUGAGAAAUUAAAGGUUCAUUCAUACUCUCACACAGGAGAGAGGCCCUACAAGUGCACGCAACAAGACUGCACCAAGGCCUUUGUUUCUAAGUACAAAUUACUAAGGCAUAUGGCUACUCAUUCUCCUGAGAAAACCCACAAGUGUAAUUAUUGUGAGAAAAUGUUUCACCGAAAAGAUCAUCUAAAGAAUCACCUACAUACACACAACCCCAACAAAGAGGCGUUUAAGUGUGAAGAAUGUGGCAAGAACUACAAUACCAAGCUUGGGUUUAAACGUCACUUGGCCUUGCAUGCUGCAACAAGUGGUGACCUUACCUGUAAGGUAUGUUUGCAGACUUUUGAAAGCACAGGGGUACUUUUGGAGCACCUCAAAACUCAUGCAGGCAAAUCUUCUGGUGGGGUAAAAGAAAAAAAGCACCAGUGUGAACACUGUGAUCGCCGUUUCUAUACCCGCAAGGACGUCCGUAGACAUAUGGUUGUGCACACUGGAAGAAAGGACUUCCUUUGUCAAUACUGUGCACAAAGAUUUGGACGGAAAGAUCAUUUAACUCGUCAUAUGAAAAAAAGUCACAAUCAAGAACUUUUGAAGGUCAAAACAGAACCCAUGGACCUUCUAGAUCCCUUUACCUGCAAUGUUUCUGUGCCUAUAAAAGACGAGCUGCUUCCAGUGAUGUCUUUACCUUCCAGUGAACUAACAUCAAAGCCAUUUACAAACACUUUGCAGUUAAACCUUUAUAAUACACAAAUUCAAUCCAUGCAGAGUUCUGGACCAGCACAUCAAAUGGUCACCACAUCAUUACCUUUGGGAAUGACAUGCCCAAUUGAUAUGGAAUCUGUUCACCCUUCCCACCAUCUAUCUUUGAAAUAUCCACUCAGUUCUACCUCAUAUGCAAUUUCUAUGCCUGAAAAAGAACAACCAUUAAAAGGGGAAAUUGAGAGUUACUUAAUGGAGUUACAAAGUGGUAUGCCUUCCUCAUCCCAGGAUUCCCAAGCAUCUUCAUCUAAACUAGGCUUAGAGCCUCAAGUAGGACCCCUAGAUGAUGGAUCUGGGGAACUGGCCUUAUCCAAAAGCUCCAUUUCCAUUAGUGAACCUCUAAACACAUCAUCUUUGGAUUUUUCCCAGUUGUUCAAUUUCAUACCUGUCAAUGGCCCACCCUAUAAUCCUUCUGUAUCGGUGGGGAAUCUUGGACUGAGCUAUUCCCAAGAGGAGACACAUUCUUCUUUGGCUCAGCUUCCACCACAGACCCAGGAUCCUCAAGAUCCUGCAAACAGUAUAGGCCUCGGUUCUCUGCACUCCCUGUCAGCAGCCUUCACCAGCAGCCUAAGCACAACCACCACCCUACCACGCUUUCAUCAAGCUUUUCAAUAGGACACAGAAAGCUGUCUUACUAAAAAAUGUAUUUGUAGAAAUGCCUUAGGUGACCAUUUUUAAUGUAGUGCCUACGUUAAGACAUUAUAAAAUCUCUGCUUACUUUGUAUCAUACCAGUUUCAUUAAGCCAGUAAGAAAUUGAAACUAACUUUUUUAAUGAGCUCAGAAACCGUUUGUGUUCAAUUAUGUUUACUUUGCUUAAGUCUCAAAGUGUUUCGUUGUCUUUUCACUGCCAAUUGACAUGCUUUACAAAAGAAUUGAGAUAGGAAAGCCAUUACUGCUAAACUUCAAUAUAUCCCCUGUUAAAAAUUUUCAGACAUUAAUCCUUUCAUUUUUAUCCAAUAAUAAUGGCUCUACCCAUUAAUGUUUGGCUCAGUAAAAAAUAAAAAUUACAACUGUACAGUAAUUAACAAAAUUUUGAGGGAGACCUGGAGACUUCCUAAAUUGUUAAGUAGCUUUGAUUUGAUACAUAAUUUAAAAGUAUCUUAUAAAUUAAGAAUCCAAAUUUUGGUGGCAAAAAUGUUUUUAUUUGCUAUCACAAUUUCAGGUCAGUAUGUUUUGAAGACUUGCUAUUGUCUGGCUAAAAUACACGUAGUCUUUAUUUUAAAACAUUAAAAAUAUUUUAAAUCAGCCACUUAAACACAAAGCAACAGUAUUCUCAAGAAGUAAUACUCUUCUAGUCAAUAAAUAUUUUCAUUCUGACAUGAAAUAAUAUUAUUUCAUGGCACUGGUAGGAAGAACAUUAUGAUUGACCUUGGGGAAAAAAGUAUUCAAUAACAAAUUAUUACCACAAAUUAUUCUGUCAUUUUCAGCUUUCAACUUAAUUCUUAACUUACUCUCUUUCAUCUUAGUGGUAUUAAAGUUAAGGUAUCUUGGAGUCUUCAGAGUCUGUUCAAAUCCAUAGACCUCAUCAAUCUUUUCCACCUUUCACAGCCAAAGCGUGGGUCAGAUCCAGCCAGAAAUUUUAUGUUGAUUGUCAAUUAGCCAACAAUCAGAGAGCCAUUGUAGAUUUGCAAAUAUCAGAAUAUGUUUGUAGUAGAGUGGAUCUUGGCUUGUUUGGUGUGAUUCUCCUGAGCAAUAAGAUAUUAAUCACACCUGCUAAUCCUGGGAACUUGGUUAGGGACAAUUUCCCCUGUUGCCAAGAUUUAAAACAGGACUCUUAGGAGUAAAGUAAAAGCAUAUUGCUUACACCAUUUUUUACUUAAUACACUCUAAUUCUUCCCCAAUCUUAAGAGCCAAAAGCAGAAAAAAAAAAAAACCAACAAAAAAAUUUUAACCCUCCUCCCCAAUAAAAGCAUAUUUUCUAUAGAGUGAUAAUUUUUUUUGCCAUUUUUAUAAAAAAUUUAAAACUAAGUACAUAGCAAGUAUCUUUGAGACAAAGUUUUAAAUGGCUAAACAUAUAUAUACAGUAAAACCCCACUUUUACACUUCUUUGGGAAGUAAGGUGGGAUUACUACAAAUAGAAAAAGGGACAAGAAGAUAAAUUAAAGUUGAACAAGCCAAAUCCUAGUUAAUAUAGUAUCUAAAACUCUAAAACAUUUUGCAAUCACCAAGUCAAGUGCCUUGCCACCUUAUAGAUGCUUAAUAUAUAUUUUAAUUGAAUUAGAUGGUCUUUAUCUAUUUUGAGUAAGUACCUUCUCAAAGUACAAAAUAUUGAAGUUCUUUCUUCAUUGUCAGCUGGAAGUCAACCCAGGAGACCAUAUUUCUAUAGGUGGCCUUAUAAGGUUUAUAGGAUUGUCAGAGGAACUGUAGAUCUCUCACUCUUGCUCUCGCUCUUUAUCUCUUUCUAUUUCUU